CUUGUUCCUAAGGAGAAACAUGGCUGAGAUUGACUAUGAGAAGUUAGCUGAAAUAGAACUGCAGAAAGAUGAAGCGGAAGAUACACAGUCAGAACAGGAAGAAACAUUUAUGUCUCCACCACUUGAGGAUCCUGAGUUAAAUAUCAAUCAUCCUUACUACGAUGUUGCAAGACAUGGCAUUAUCCAGUUAGCAGGUGAUGACAAUUCUGGAAGGAAGGUGAUUACCUUCAGUUGCUGCCGUAUGCCCCCCUCCCAUCAGCUCAAUCACACCAGAUUGCUGGAGUACUUAAAGUAUACUCUGGACCAGUAUGUGGAGAAUGAUUACACAGUUGUCUACUUUCAUUAUGGCCUGAAGAGUCUGAAUAAACCAUCUCUGAAAUGGUUACAAACAGCCUACAAAGAAUUUGACAGGAAGUAUAAGAAAAACCUUAAAGCACUCUAUGUUGUACAUCCAACCAACUUCAUAAAAAUUCUGUGGAAUAUCUUUAAACCUCUUAUAAGCCAUAAGUUUGGGAAAAAAAUUACCUACUUGAACUAUUUAAGUGACCUGAGAGAGCAUCUCAAAUAUGACCAGCUAAAUAUCCCUCAAGAAGUCAUCCGACAUGAUGAAAAUCUCCGGGGGAAACAGAAGGGAAAACUGCCACCCGUGGUUAAGGUUCCUCCACCACGGCCACCUCUACCUACCCAGCAAUUUGGAGUCAGCCUGCAAUAUAUCAAGGACAAAAAUAAUGGCGAACUAAUCCCCCCAGUAAUGAAGGAAACUGUAUCCUACCUAAAAAGAAAAGGACUACAAGUAGAGGGCCUCUUCAGAAGGUCAGCCAGCAUCCAGACUAUCAAAGAUGUUCAGAAACUCUACAAUCAGGGCAAGUCUGUAAAUUUCGAUGAUUAUCAUGAUAUCCAUAUUCCUGCUGUUAUCCUAAAGACUUUCCUUAGGGAACUCCCUCAGCCAUUACUAACGUUUGAGUGUUAUGAUCAUAUCCUCGGAAUCACCAGUGUGGAGAGCAUUUUACGAGUCACCAGAUGUAAACAAAUCAUUCAAGGACUUCCUGAACACAAUUACGUUGUUCUGAAAUAUCUGAUAUGCUUUCUCCAUAUGGUUUCACAGGAGAGCAUAUAUAACAGAAUGACAGCAUCCAGCCUGGCCUGUGUCUUUGGUUUGAAUUUGAUCUGGCCAUCGAAAGGAACAGCCUCCCUGAGUGCUCUGGUACCUCUGAAUCUCUUCACUGAACUACUGAUAGAUUUCUACACAAAUAUAUUCAACUCCCGAACAGUGCCUGGUGAGAUCUUACCUUAAUGCUCCCAGAAAGGGAAAUGGAGUAUGGCUGCCUGAAGGAAAGGUCUCCGUGCCUCAACUAGUGGGAGCUUUAUAUUCAGGGCUCUCUCCUGCAAAGAAAGCUUUCAAUACAGAGUAAAGCCUCUAUACCUUUCCAAAUACCAAACAUGUUGGGAGAAGCACGCUGCCCCAUAUAUUCUCAUCACAUGGGGAGAAUAUGUACAUGAGCACUCAAAGACCAAUAGGUCAAAGUGAAUCCCCUUACUAAAUUUGAGCAGCUGACAAAAAAUGGUAUGUUAAAAAAAGUCAUGACACUACGUGCCAGUCUGUUAUUUCUUUGGGGAUCUGGAAACCUUACUAUGUGGCAAUGUUUUCUGCAUGGGCAGAGCUAAGUUCUGGACC